CUUCAUCCGAGUCUUUUAGAGGCAGAACAUUGGGUUAUUUCCCUUCGUAAGCAGGAAGCUGAUCCUGUUUAUCAGGCUUUUGGUGUACAAGCAGGAGCUGCUGCACCGCGUGGUCGCGGCGGCCGCGGCAGGGGAGGCCGCGGUAGAGGCCGCCACUACUAGGGUUACGGCCAACAGCCAAAUAACGGCCAGGGACCGCCGCCGGAUCAGCCUACUCACCGUCAAGUGUUUGGCCAGCAGCCCGGACACCACCAACAGUUGAGACCUACUAAUGCAGGUCAUUCUUCUCUCCAUUGUCCCUCCCAUUUUUCUUAAUCAUCUGCACCUUCUCUUCUCACUGGUCAAGCUAAUGAAGCCCUGUAGUAUCGAGAUUCCGGUGCCUCUGCUCACAUGACUCCCUCUGAAGGUAUUUUAACUAAUAAGUCUACUUACUCUGGCCCAACUAUUGUUAGUGUUGCUAAUGGUGCUCAUCUUCCUACAAAACAUGUUGGUAAUAUUUCUUUAAAAGCCUCUGACCACCCACCGUUGUUAAAACAUGUGAAAUUCAAUUUAUUUUCAAUUUGUGCGCUGAUAACAACUGUGUUGCUAUUUUUGACAAAAUACCUUUUUUGUUAAGGUCUUAAGGAUAAAAUUUCAGGGGCGAUUUCUUCUUCGGACAACAACUAAUUACCAUCUCUAUCCUCUCAACCUGCUGAGUCCACCAUCUAGCCUAGCAUUAUCUUCCGUCCUCACCACUGGCCUUGUGUGGCAUCGUAGAUUAGGUCACUGUGGUGAAAAGAUUUUACGUAUUUUAUGCACUCAAAAACUUAUAUGUAAUAGUUUUAGUUUUUCUCAUGAUUCUACUUCUUGUUGAUUAGGCAAGUCUCAACGAUUACCUUUUUCAGAUGUUAAUCACAAUUCUUCUUCUCCCUUACAUUUAAUUCAUUCUGAUGUGUGGCAGUCUCAUGUUCUCUCAAAUUUAGGUUUUAAAUAUGUGUGUGCUUUAUUGAUGAUUUUUCUCGUUUUACAUGGAUAUACUCUUAUGCGUUCUAAAACAGAGGUUUUUGAUCACUUUAAAAAUUUUAAAGCUUUAGCUGAAAAUCUUUUUAGCUCUAAAAUUAAAAUUUUAAAAAGUGAAGGAGGGGGUGAAUUUGUUGAUUCUCAUAUGCAACAUUUUUUUAAUUCUCAUGGAAUUUAUUUUCAAAAAUCUUGUCCCCACACUACUCAACAAAAUGGGGUUGCUGAGCAUAAACAUCGUCAUCUUCUUGAACUUGCUAGGACUAUGCUUAUUGAAGCUUCUCUUCCUAGUUAGUUUUGGGUUGC